GCAACACCACCACAUGGAAGCAGACAAUGACACAGGAAUUUCAGAGUUUCUUCUUCUGGGAUUAUCAGAGGAACCAGAAUUACAGCCCAUCAUAUUUAGGUUUUUCCUCUGCAUGUACCUAAUAACUGUGCUGGGGAACCUGCUCAUCAUCCUGGCCGUCAGCUCAGACACCCAUCUCCACACCCCCAUGUACUUCUUCCUCGCCACCCUGUCCUUUGCAGAUAUCUGCUUCACCUCCACCACCAUCCCCAAGAUGCUGUGGAACAUCCAGACUCAGAGCCAAGUCAUCACCUAUGCUGGCUGCCUCACACAGAUGUACUUUUUCUUAAUCUUUGGAGGCUGGGAUGACUUUCUCCUGACUGUGAUGGCCUAUGACCGCUUCGUGGCCAUCUGUCACCCCUUGCACUACACGGUCAUCAUGAACCCUCGGCUCUGUGGACUGCUGGUUCUGGUGUCCUGGGUCAUCAGUGUUCUCAAUUCCUUGUUACAGAGUUUAAUGGUGUUGCGGCUUUCCUUCCGUGCAAAGGUGGAUAUCCCCCAUUUUUUCUGUGAAUUCAAUCAAGUAGUUGGGCAGGCCUGUUCCGACACCUUCGUUAAUGAUAUGGUUAUGUAUUUCGGAAUUGUGCUGCUUGGUGGCGCUCCCCUGGCUGGGAUUCUUUAUUCCUACUCGAAGAUUGUUUCCUCCAUAC